CCGUUGUGUAAAUGACUCUAUCAAGUUCCGGUGUGAAAUGUUUAAAAAUGUCGGGCUAAUUUAGAUAACGGGGAGACUACAACUGAUGUAAGAUUAGAGUAGGAUGGCGGUCAUGGAUGUACGGACGGUGUGUGUACUUUUCGCCUGCUUUUACGGAACAAUUUCGGCUCAAUGUACGGAUAAGCUUGUGUUUGACAGUGGAACUACGCCAAAAACUGGUGUGAAGGUCACGACGUCAUCUGAAUACGGCGCGACCGACCCAAACCACGUGUAUGGUCCUUCACGUGUAUUUAUAAAUGCAAAACAAGAAAGGGACACAUCAGGCCACGUGCUGCUCGGGGGCUGGUCUGCGGGAACGCUUGACACUAAACAAUAUGUUCAGGUCGAAUUUUCCAGUCCUAAGGACAUCAGUGCUGUUUCCACUCAAGGGCGUAAUGGAUGUUGUAAACAGUGGGUAACGAAGUACAAAGUCCAGUACAGUGACGAUUGUCAGACAUGGCAGACACUUCCACAGGAUUUGGCAGGAAACGUGGACGAAUCUUCAGUUGUGACGCAAACGUUACCCGCUCCUAUCACCGCCAAGUGUGUCCGCAUCAAUCCCACAGCUUGGAACCAUCAUAUCUCAAUGAGGAUGGAGCUGAUUGGCUGUGACGUCACCACAACCACUACAUCACCCCCAACAACGACAACACAAACCACCACCGUCGCCGUUACAACGCAACCAACCACAGUACCCGUUACAACACAGCCAACCACAGUACCCGUUACAACACAGCCAACCACAGUACCCGUUACAACACAGCCAACUACUGUUAAGCCAGCUGCCACAAUCACCUCUAACCAAAUUACAACUGCCAAAGGACUUUCAACUACGGCGGCACAGUCGGCUACGUCCAUGGCUAUAUCGCCACAAAAAGCAUCUGGUUCCUGCUCAGAUCACAUAGUGUUUGAUCCAACGACGAAGCAGGCAAUGAAUGGGGUCGUCAUUUCAUCCUCCUCGGAGUUCGCUGCCAAUAACCCUUCCAAAGUAUACAGUGCAACACAAGGCUUACUGAACACUGUAGAAAGCAAGGACGCGGCUGGUAAUACGUUGAUUGGAGGUUGGGCCGCAGGUAUCUUGGAUACCAGUCAAUAUAUACAGGUGGAGUUUCCGAACCCUAAGACAAUCAGUGCUGUAUCUACACAAGGCCGACAUGGAUGUUGUCAACAAUGGGUGUCUACCUAUAAACUACAGUACAGCGCAGACUGUACCACCUGGACCACGAUGCCACAGACAUUUACCGGAAACACAGACGAGGACACAGUGGUGACCAACAACCUAACUUCGCAGGUCACAGCAAAAUGUAUCCGAGUUAACCCGGCCACGUGGCACCACCAUAUUGCGAUGAGGAUGGAUAUCAUUGGUUGUGAUGCUACACAAACAUUAAUGGCGUCACCAACAACAACAGUUAUGGCUGCGACGUCAUCGCAGUCUUCUCAGACAACCAUGGCAACGGCCAUGACAACAGUCUUACCGGCCAAAUCAAACACCUCCUGCGGUGAUAGCCUGCUGACGUCACCAUACGGCGCCACAUUUACAAUGUCGUCAUCCUCGGAGAAGGAGAUAGCCGACCCUAUGCAGGUUUACUCGCCUGAAAGAGGUGUGCUCAACCAAAAGGAACUGCUCGAUGUGAACGGCAAUCUCCAGAUGGGUGCGUGGUCUCCGGAUACCAACGAUGUCAAUCAAUAUUUACAGGUAAACUUCUCAACCCCUGUGGUUAUCCGUGACGUCACUACCCAGGGCCGUAAUGGUUGCUGUCAGGACUGGGUCACACAGUACAAGCUGCAGUACAGCACUGACUGUGUCACGUGGUUACCAGUAGGAACCGGGACUGGCACGACCUACACGGGAAACACCGACCAGGAUACUCCGGUAACAAACUCGCUUGGCUGUGUUAUUACUGCUAAGUGUAUGCGACUAAUUCCUCUCGCCUGGAACAGCAAUAUUGCCGUCAGACUGGAUUUCACCGGAUGUAAAAUCCGACAGACCCCGGCAGGGGGCACCACCACCGCGCCUGUUCCGGCGACGCAGUCCGUACCACAGGCGGCCAUCACAGCUCAAGGCUAGUGAACUUGACGUAGUGAUAUAGGAUCCCACAGUGCUUGUGUAUGUGAUGACGUCACUUCCUGUGCUUUUAUCAUUCCUUCUGUUUAUCUUGUGUUUGUUUGUUUUCCCAUUUGUUUGCAAACCUUUCCUAAAACCUGUAGUUUUCUACCCAGCUUGUAUCAAAAUAUCUAUAUUGUUUCUAUUAUGGGAUGGUUUGAUUCGUCGUCCUCAGGUAUAACCAGGGCUUAUUGUAAAGAUAUUAAUAGUAUUUAUAUAUAGAGUUUUUUUUCCGUAAGCAUAACUAAUUUGCACGUGCCUGUUUGUAACACAAAGUGAUGUUAAUGUUGAAUAUUCAAAUCAAUGUCAAUGGUUUAAUUCAAAUAUUGCUGCAAUAAACAAUAACAGUACCCUGCUUUGGUAGCA